AUCUAAGCUGGGGGAAUUGAGCAUCCUGCCCAGAGAAAUGAUCCUUCUCUCACCUUGCCUAUAUCAGUUGCCUCAUCUACAUUUCGGGCUAAAAGACAAAGAGACUCGCUUCAGAAUGCGUUACCUGGAUCUUAUAAUGAAUGCUGAUGUCAGGAGCAGGUUUAAAGUACGGGCUCGUAUCAUUAACUAUGUCAGAAGAUUUCUUGAUGGAAUUGGUUUUCUUGAAGUUGAGACACCAAUGAUGAGCAGAAUUGGUGGGGGUGCAACUGCUAAGCCAUUUUUGACACAUCACAACGACUUGGACACGGACCUGUUCCUCCGAGUUGCCCCUGAACUCUACUUAAAAAUGCUUGUUGUUGGUGGUUUUAAUCGUGUAUAUGAGCUUGGACGAGUCUUCAGAAAUGAAAGCAUUGAUCUUACGCACAAUCCCGAAUUUACCAUGUGUGAAUUUUAUAUGGCUUAUGCAGAUUACAACGAUCUCAUGACCAUCAUUGAGGAUCUUCUUUCUGGUAUGGUCCUUGAGUUGUUUGGCACCUACAAAUUGUCAUACAAUCCCGAAGGUGACUCUAUGAGCUCGGUCGAAGUUGAUUUUACUCCACCUUUUCGUCGAAUUGAUAUGUAUUCUGGAUUGGAAAAGGCUCUUAAUCUAACGUUACCACUACCAGAUCAACUUCAUACUGAAGAGGCUCGUCUUCAAUUAGAUGAAAUUUGCACGCUUAAGGGUAUUGAAUGUCCAGCUCCGAGGACUUCAGCUAGACUUUUAGACAAGCUUUCUGGUGAAUUACUGGAAUCUUCUUGCAUCAAUCCGACUUUCGUGUUGAAUCAUCCUCAAGUCAUGAGCCCUCUCUCCAAAUGGCAUCGCUCUCAAUCUGGUCUGGCGGAGCGUUUCGAAUUGUUCCUUCUGUCUAAAGAAGUUGUCAAUGCCUACACUGAACUGAAUGAUCCAUUUGUGCAAAGGGAACGCUUCGAGGAACAGAUUAAGGUCAGUAUUUCUACUUUUACUCGUACACCUUUGUGUGUGUGCAUUCCAAAUAGUAGAAUCCCAAGUUUUGGUUAUCUUAUUUAA